CCCAACCAACUCGGGAAGCACGAGCCUGGUUAUCCGCAAUCCGCAGCGUCUCGGUAGUCAGCCGCAGCGAACUUCCCAUCUUUGCCUGUGACUUCGACGACUAGGAUAUCGACCUUCCGACCCAUCGCGUGCCUCAUCUCUCGGCAUUGCCCCCCGACCGAUGCCGCCGUCGCCAUCCUCGCCGUCCUCGCCGUCCUCGCCCGCCUUGCGCGCUUCGAGCCACGUCGACGACGUCUAACCGUCCCAUCCAUCGCCCGCGACAACACCCCCAUCCCGUCACCAUGUCGCCCAUCACCCUUUGAUGAAAUGGCCCUGAGCCCUGUCGCCCGCGAUGACCUCCCGGCCGCCCUUGGGCGUCCCGCCGCGACAGCCCCAGCGCUCCCUCAGCGGCCCCCAGCAGCGCCUGCCCGCCCCGCCGCCGACCCAGCGCACUCUGAGCCAGUCGUACCUACCGCACGAUAUCGCCGAUACCACCGGCACCCCUCAGCCUCGCAAUGGCACUUUACGGAGGGGCGGCUCGCGCCUUAAGCAAGAGCUAUCCAAUGACCUCCCCAUCUCACAUGUCGCCCUCAGCGACUCCCCAAACGCCAUCGACCACUCAAAACCUUUCACACCCUCGCGAAUCAUGGCCAUGGCCGACGGCGGCCCCGAUAUGGCCGCUGCUGGCCUGAGCCCCCACCCGUCUUCCGCCCGCGGCUUGUCUGCUGGCAUGUCCAUGCUCGAUAUACCGCCCUACGACAUGCCGCAUGCGGCAUACCCCAUGCCGCGCCGCCGUCCGCGCUUCUCCGUCCCCGACCGCAGACAAAAAUCCGCCCCUGCGCCCACGCCCCCCGUCAAGAAGGAUACGCGCCCGAAGCCCUGGACCUUCGAGGUGCCCGCCGUCGCUCCACGAUACUACGCCCGAGGGCCGUCAGAUGCGUCGGGGUCGACAACGCCCGCCAAGGCCGCAGGGGCGCCCGCGCGUGCUGUCUCGACCGGAUCUGCCGGGGCUUCUGCCCUCGCCGCCGGCGCCAGCGCCGAUUUCUUCCCUUGGUUGGGCGAUCAUCCCGAGGACCAAUUCUCGGCAACCGUAAUCAAGGAAGGCUAUUUCGACAAGGCUCCUUCAACCCCAGAGACCUCGUCCGCCAAGGCACUCGUCUUCCAGACCCUGAAGCAGACCACCCGCCUGCAAGGACUGUCGGUAGUCUACACCGAGGUGCUGAGGCACCGGCGCACCCUCGGGUUGGUGAGCUCGCUUUCGAGCUUCAAGCCGCCGCCGCGCGUGACUCUAACCGACACCAAACGGGAGGUCUGGGUGAAGGACCUGGCUAACCCGGCCAUUACCCUUCGCCGACUGAGCCGCACCAUACCCCACGGCAUCAGAGGUCGUGUCCUCCUGGACCAGUGCCUCAAUAAAAAGGUGCCUAUUGAGCGUGCCGUCUGGCUGGCCAAGUGUGUGGGCGCCAAUGAGAUCCGCGCCGUCAGGAGGAAAGGCACCGGCCAGAGCGCGCCUGCCCUCGCCAUGGGAGGCGAGGCAAAAUGGACUCGCGACUGGACCGUCUGCGUCGAGCAGUUUGUAGAGGGCACCAUUACGGCCAUCAAGUCGGAGGAUUGGAAGUGGAGGGUCGACUAUGCAAUGCGCCUCGCACGACACCUGUCCUUUGCAGAGCUCUUGGACAAGGACCACUACUCCGAAUGGCUCGUAUCUGGCCUCGAAAACACCCACCUUGGCAAACUUCCCCUGUGGAUGAUCCUUACCCAAAUCCACUGGAGGGAUAUUCUUCAUCUCAGGAAACACGGUCGCCGACUAGUCGGCGCCAUCCUCAACCACCUAUCCAACACACAAGGUCAUACAGACAGCGACAUCUUACAACCUAUAAUCGGGCAGUUGAGGUGGUCGGUGUGCAGGCUCCUGGCACUUGCGCCUGAGAGUUUCGUGUGCCCUAGAACUUGGCUAAAACACCGGAGCCUCAUUCAGGAGAGCCUGCCUACUGCAGACACCAGUUUGCAGGCCGCCUUCACUGCCGUCGACUCGCGCAACGAGCAGCUGGCCAGCAACUGCGUUCGCUCACAGCCAGCCGCGCGAGCUGUGCUCGUGAGGAUACUCGACGCUACUCUCCACUCGCCGAUACCCAAAGAUCUCUCGAACCAAUGCCUGGCCGUAACCAAGGACAGGGCGGCCGUCGCAAGGAUAUUACUAGAGUGGUGCACCUCACUACAGCGCCCCGGCCUGGCCAAGAUGUACAUCGCUGUCGGCCUGCUCAAGUCCUGGGCCGGCCUGGGCCUGGACAUUACCGACACGAUACUGCAGUUCCUCAGCACGACUUCGAUUUCCGAAGCAGAGCGCAAGGACCUUGUAUUCCGGCUGGUCACCGAGCUGGCCAGGGCCGACCUGUUCUCAACUCAUCGCUAUGUGCAGUGGCUCAUUGCCCGAGGUGGCCUAUCGAAGCCGAGCGAUGUCGAGAUGGACGGGCCCUGCAUCACGCGCCUCCUCGUGGAGCUUCCCGACAGUAUAAUGAACGAGUCCCUGAGGAGUCUCCGCGCCAGCAUGCUACGGCGCGCCUCAUAUCCGGUCAAGGAUCAGAGCCUCGAGCUCGAGAAUGCCAUCGAGGUCAUGAAACACAUCCUCGGGAUGCAGCCGGGCCCGGGUUACUACGCUCGCCGCUCUUCCGGGCCGCCGCCCAUGUCGUUAAACAACUACACCAAGCGCCUGGCCAAGACUGUUUGCAGCGUCAAGCUGCAGGUUGCGUUCUGGCUUCGAACCACUUUUCUGGAGGUCUUGAAGCAGCAGCAACUCCAACAGCAACAACAGCACCUCAAGGGCGCCGUGGGCCUCCCCUCGGAUGCAUUCUUCUGCAGCUGCCGCCGGAUACUGGAGGCAUGUCAGGAUUUUACAAUGCUAGGAGAUCUUCUCAGGGCACUUUCGGUCGCGCCGUCGGCGGACAUCCUGGCGUCCUGCAGUGAUACCUUGAUGCUUCACUACCCGGUUUUCAACGCGACUGGUGUUCUCAAACCCCUGUUUGAGACCCUGCUGGCCAGGCUCGGCCCCAUUGUUGCCGAGGAGCACGGGUCUGGGGUGCGGAGGUUAUUGGCAUCCCUGGCUGCUCUGGCUGGCAGGAUGCCAGGGAGGAAUGACCUAGCAGCAAGGCUGUCUCGCGAUCUUAACAGAUACGACAGGACCUCCGAGAUCGAUGCCUGCUCCCCCGUCUCAGACAACAACCCCGAGGCCGAGUUGCAGGAGGAAGGGGCGAUAGAGAAGCUCCUGGCCAGCGGGACCAGCAUCGACAAGCCCACGUUGGAAAGGCUAUUCGAGCAUCUUGUCGGGCUCUUGCAUCAGUUCGGCGACAAGGAUGAGGAACGACUCCGAUACCCGAUCGGUCUCCUCGUCCGUCUCCGCGUACUCGAUCCCAAGCAGUUCGAUUACUUGAUGGCGAUGUGGAUCCGGGCGCAGAGCAGACGGCCCAACAGGUUGAACCCUCUGCUAGUGUACCCGCCCAUGGUCAGCCUCGGGUGCCUGCCGUUUUCUCUAGUCUUGUCAGCCCUCUAUGGCGAAAUGCUCUCGGUUUCGGCUGCCACCAAGACUCCGGCCCAGCCCGCGCCCCCUAUCAACCCCCCAGCCGGGUCUACUGUUAAUCAGGAGAUCCUGCAGCUGGUUUUGCGGCCCCUCACCGACAGAUCCCACGUACAGAUGUCGACAGACGAGCGCUAUCGAUUCCACACCCUGCAGAGAACCGUGAUAAGGACGAACCCCAACGAACUCCUGACGCUCAUCCGCCUGGCUGCUACCGAGUACGCCACAUCCUCGGCCAUGGGCAAGGCCGGCUUACCUCUAGCCAGCGACAAGCUCCGUGUCGCUCUACGAUUCGCGCUGAUGGAGCUAGUCCUGAACGAUUUCAACACGGUGGCUCGCGUCCUGGCCGCCAAGCAUACCGAUGCAGGCGUGUCCCGUAUCAUUGAGAGGGACAUGGAGAUUAUCCUAAUGCCGGGAAUCGAAGAGGACCAGAGACUGUCGUUCGAUCAAGUGCUAGAGCUCUGCAACGAGCUGACGCUGCCAUUUUGCCAGCUCAAACUCAUGGCAAGCCUUGCAUCAGAGGGAGCGAUAACUAGUGCAGCGGGCGCGGGGGAUCCAAUCCAGCGGCUGCACUCGCAGCUCGAUCUUUUCGCGCGCGCGAUGGACAAGGCGAUAGACGCGCGAAACAUCACGUGGACUGGGAUGCUAAGCUGCCUCAAUCCUGAGAUCACACAGCACCUGAGACAAAAGGCGCAGGCCCGGUUCCUAGAACUCCUUCCAUCGCCCGGCAGGCUGCCGCACCUCUCGGAUGUUGAAAUCGCCGAUAGAGUCCAGAUGGCUGAGAGCUUGGUGUCCGUGAUCGACAUUAUCAUCCGGGGCGGGUCCACGGGCAAGUCGCCACCGCUCGCCUCUUCCAUGGUCGACAAGCUGACGGACCUGUGGGAGAUACUGGCGACGACUGCCGCUCGGAGCCGUGCAGCCGAGCUAGAGUUUGACUCGGCCGAGGACGAGGACGAGACUGCCGCGGCCAUAGCGACAUGCGACGCCAUCCGGAGGCAUUGGCUCCCUCAACUUCUGACAUUUAUGACGCUGCACACGGCGACGCUGGAUCCACUCAAGGCCAGUGUUGAUUUGCGGGCCAGAGCCAUCAUAGUGCUCUCCGGGAUCGCCAUCGAGCUUGGCAACGGGGAAGGGCCUGGUUACGAUGACGCCCACCCCAAAGCACCUCCACAGUCCUCCGCGGGAGCCGCGGACCAUCAAGCCACACCCGCAGCGGAAGCGACGGUACCGCUCUCGCAACGUGUUCUAGACUUGGCGCUGGUAUUGGUGGACAACCUGCCCGAGGAAGUCCGUGCCAGUGUGGCGCGGGCGCUGCGGGAGCACACGUCGGACGCGCGCCUGAGAUACUUGACCAGCUGGACGGCAGACCCGGCCGAUAGGCACUUUCUUGUCCCGGUUUCCCUUGUCACUGGGGCGGGCGCCGGCCAGCAGCACCAGCCCCAGGUGACGGCGCCCUCGGGAGCGACGCCGACAACUCCCACGCCGCUCUCAGCCGGUCCGGACGGCCGGCAACCGCAGCAACCCCCACCGCCACAGCAGCCGCCGACCCAGUUCAAGGGGAGACCUUUCGCACCUAGGAGGUGGGAACUCCUUAACGAGCCGACGCCCAACAUUGGCGAGAACGACAGCAGCCUGAGCCUGUCGCUGUUCCGGGCAUCUAAGCUACAAUGAAUGACGGGACGACUCUACCAUCACCAAGCAGAUAUAAACAUCUGAGCAUUUCUAUAGCAUUCACGGCACUUUCUUAUUGAGUCUUUAUUGUCACCAUCAUCGCCAUACCUGUUUCUCCUUUCUCCUUUCUGUUUCUUUUUCUUGGUUAUCAGUAUUCACCACCACUGCGCGCGUGGCAGGGUGGUGGUAUUCAUUCAUUGCGCAGCGUUGAUACACCCUUGGGUUUAUUACUGACUUUGGUUCUUUUUUGUUUUGCAGGGGGAAAGCGCUAACAUGCUUUGUGUAAAGUUUUACUUUGUUCUUUUUGGACAUGAAUUUCUCGUCCACGGAAACCUAAAGACGUCUUGAUCACAUCUAUUUUUUUUUCCCUUAUCUGUUCUUAACGCUACAUGCCGCUGACGGGUUGGGAACUACGGGCGAUAGAAGAGAAAUUCAGAAGGCUUUGUAAACAUGCCGCACGGCCUUGUCCUUCCUGAUGAAUAUUCCUUGUUUUUUUUCCUUGCCUCUGUCUCUAGUUGUUGCUUUUCGCUACUUUACCUGACUCAUCUGAUUUGAGCAUCCCCCGCUCGGCCUUUUCUGGUUAUCCAAUUCUGUACACUUGCAAUGCCGGUGUCACAUAUGGUGUUUUAUUUACUUCGGUUGGUUGACGGAGGGGUUGACUAGCCUGGUGACGUUUUAGUAACUGACGGGGAAUAUCCAUAAAUAUAUACGACAAUCAAGUCACAUUUCUAUUCA